UCCGGAGCGGCCGGCGCGGCGGAGGAAUACGGAGCCGGCGGCUCGGCGUGGGGAGGGGGGGGAUCGGCCCGGCGCCGAGGGGCAGCGAGCGGCGGGACGGGCGGCCGGCGGCAGAAGAAGGCGAGCGGAGCGCGGUGCGGUGUGGAACGGCCCGGUGCGGGGCCGCCAUGCGGGGCUGGUCCCCGCCCCGCGAGCACUGAGAUUUUUUUUGUAAUUGCUGCCAUGGGAAGAUACUUGACUAUGCUGUUGCUGCUGAUGCUGCUGGUGCAGCAUUUUGGAAACUGUGAAGGAAAUCAAAUCCCACAUCAUGCUCCACCAAUGCAAUUUACACAAGUACAGUAUAAUGCCACUGUGUAUGAGAAUUCUGCAGCCAAGACUUAUGUUGGGCAUCCAGUGAAAAUGGGCAUUUACAUCACAAAUCCAUUAUGGGACAUAAGAUACAAAAUUAUUUCUGGAGACAGUGAGAACUUGUUUAAAGCUGAAGAAUAUGUUCUUGGAAACUUCUGCUUUUUGAGAAUACGGACCAAGGGAGGAAACACAGCUAUCCUUAACAGAGAGGUAAAAGACCAUUAUAUGCUGACUGUUAAAGCAGUUGAAAAAAAUACAAAUGCUGAAACACGCACGAAGGUCAGGGUACAGGUACUGGAUACAAAUGACUUGCGGCCUUUGUUUUCUCCAACAUCUUACAGUGUUUCUUUGCCUGAAAACACAGCAAUAAGGACAAGCAUCGCAAGAGUCAGUGCAACAGAUGCAGAUAUAGGAACCAAUGGAGAGUUCUACUAUAGCUUUAAAGAAAGAACAGAUGUGUUUGCUAUUCAUCCAACUAGCGGUGUGAUAGUGCUAACUGGUAGACUCGACUACUCGGACACUAAGCGUUAUGAAAUGGAAAUUCUUGCAGUGGAUCGUGGACUGAAGCUGUAUGGUAGCAGUGGCAUCAGCAGUAUGGCAAAACUAACUGUGCACGUAGAGCAAGCAAAUGAAUAUGCGCCUGUUAUUACAGCUGUUACACUGACUCCCUCAGAAUCAGACAAGGAUCCAACUUAUGCAGUUGUAACUGUAGAGGACAAUGAUCAAGGUCCAAAUGGAGAAAUAGCAUCAUUAAAUAUUGUUGCAGGUGAUCCACUUCAGCAGUUCAGAACAGUGAGGUCUGUUCCAGGAGGUAAAGAAUACAGAAUCAAAGCCAUUGGUCCCAUUGACUGGGAGAGCCACCCCUUUGGAUACAACCUUACCCUUCAAGCUAAAGAUAAAGGAAAUCCUCCGCAGUUUUCAUCUGUAAAAGUUGUUCAUGUGACAUCACCACUGUUUAAGUCUGGUCCUGUCAGAUUUGAAAAAGAGAUAUAUAGAGCUGAAAUAAGUGAAUUUGCUCCUCCAAACACACCUGUGAUAAUGGUAAAAGCUCUGCCUAGUUACCCCCAUUUAAAAUAUAUAUUUAAAAACACACCUGGCAAAGUAAAAUUCAAUUUAAACACUCACACUGGUCUCAUUACCACUUCAGAACCCAUAAAAGCACAAUACUCAUCCCAUUUUGAACUUGAAGUUGUGACAAGUGACAGAAGAGCUUCUGCGAAAGUAUUAAUUAAGGUACUAGGCAUGAACAGCAAUCCUCCUGAAUUUACUCAGACAUCCUAUAAAGCUUCUUUUGAUGAGAAUGUGCCAAUAGGUACUAGUGUCAUGAGAGUAAGCGCAAAAGAUCCUGAUGAAGGGGAAAAUGGUUACGUGACGUACAGCAUCGCGAACCUAAAUCCUUUGCCAUUUGUGAUUGACCAUUUCAGUGGGGUUAUUAGUACCUCAGAAGGCUUAGAUUAUGAAUUGAUGCCAAGGCUUUACAAUUUAAGGAUUCGAGCUUCUGAUUGGGGUAUACCGUAUCGUCGAGAAGUUGAAGUUCCUGUUACUAUUAUUUUAAAUAACCUGAAUGACAAUAUACCUCUGUUUGAGAAAAUAAAUUGUGAGGGAACAAUCCCCAGGGAUCUUGGUGUUGGAGAACAAAUAACAACCGUAUCUGCCAUUGAUGCUGAUGAGCUUCAGUUGGUGAGAUACCAAAUUGAAUCUGGAAAUGAACUGGAUUUAUUUAGCCUAAAUCCAAAUUCUGGAGUACUUUCCCUCAAGCAGUCACUAACAGAUGGCCUAGGUGCUAAAAUUUCUUUUCACAGUUUGAAAAUUACAGCUACAGAUGGAGAAAACUUUGCAAAACCAUUGUAUAUCAACAUAACUGUAGCUACUAGUCGCAAACCGGCCAACUUGCAGUGUGAAGAAACUGGUGUUGCCAAAAUGCUCGCAGAGAAGCUCUUGCAAGCAAAUAAAUUGCACAGCCGUGGAGAAGUUGAGGAUGUUUUCUUUGACACUCACUCAGUGAAUCUGCAUGCACCUCAAUUUAGAAGUACACUCCCCAGUAGCAUUGAGGUAAGAGAAGACCAACCUGUGGGCUCCAGCAUAAUACUUAUGAAUGCUACUGAUCUUGAUACUGGCUUCAAUGGAAAGUUAGUGUAUGUUAUCUCUGGAGGUAACGAAGAUAGUAGUUUCGUUGUUGACAUGGAAAGUGGAAUGCUGAAAAUCUUGUCUCCCCUUGACCGGGAAGUAAAAGAUAAAUAUACACUGAACAUUACUGUCUACGAUCUUGGAAUACCACAGAAGUCUGCCUGGCACCUUCUAGAUGUAAGAAUUUUGGAUGCUAAUGACAACCCACCAGAGUUCCUACAAGACAGCUAUUUUGUAGAAGUGAGUGAAAACAAAGAACUGAACAGUGAAAUUAUUCAAAUUGAAGCUACUGAUAAAGAUUUGGGGGCUAAUAGAGAAGUAAAAUACUCUCUUCUUACAGAUACAGACAAGUUUACUAUUAAUGCUGUGACAGGAGUUGUGAAAGUUGUGGGGGUUCUGGAUCGUGAAGAACAGCAUGUCUAUUUCUUGAAAAUAGAGGCUAGGGACCAACCUACUGAAGAACCUCAAUUAUUUUCAACAGUUAUUUUGAAAGUGUCUAUAGAAGAUGUUAACGAUAAUCCUCCUAAAUUUAUUCCUUCAAAUUAUCAUGUGAAAAUUCGAGAAGAUCUUCCUGAGGGAACGAUUAUUACGUGGCUAGAAGCCUAUGAUCCUGAUUUAGGCCAGUCAGGUCAAGUACGAUACAGUCUUUUGGACAGUGGAGAUGGCACCUUUGAUGUUGAUAAACUAAGCGGAGCAAUACGUAUUGUACAAAGACUGGAUUAUGAAAAGAAACAACUUUAUAACCUGACUGUGCGGGCCAAGGACAAAGGAAAACCCAUUUCAUUGUCCUCUACGUGUUAUGUUGAAGUGGAGGUAGUUGAUGUGAAUGAAAACUUGCACCCGCCACGGUUCUCUAUAUUUGCAGAUAAAGGCUUUAUAAAAGAAGAUGCUCCUGUUGGCUCCUCAGUAAUGACAGUAUCUGCUUAUGACGAAGACACAGGACGAGAUGGGGAGAUUCGAUAUUCUAUCAGAGAUGGGUCUGGUAUAGGAGUCUUUCGCAUAGAUGAAGAAAAAGGUAUUAUUGAGACAGCUGAUCGCCUGGAUCGUGAGACUACUUCACAUUACUGGUUGACUGUUUAUGCAACAGACCAAGGUGUUGUGCCUUUAUCAUCUUUCAUCGAAAUCUACAUAGAAGUUGGUGAUGUUAACGACAAUGCUCCUCAGACAACAGAACCAGUUUAUUACCCAGAGGUCAUGGAAAAUUCACCUAAAGAUGUAUCUGUCAUUCAGAUUGAGGCAUUUGAUCCAGAUUCUAGCUCAAGUGAAAAGUUAACCUACAAGAUUACAAGUGGAAAUCCACAGGGAUUCUUUUCGAUAAACCCCAAAACUGGUCUAAUUACAACCACAUCUAGAAAACUAGAUCGAGAACAGCAGGGAGAACACAUAUUGGAGGUAACGGUAACAGACAAUGGUAUUCCUGCAAAAUCAACAGUUGCACGAGUGAUUGUGAAGGUUUUAGAUGAGAAUGAUAAUAAGCCUCAAUUUUUGCAAAAGUUCUACAAAAUCAGACUUCCAGAGCGUGGUAAGCCGGAACGAGAAAGAACUGCUAGGAGAGAGCCAAUCUAUCGAGUUAUUGCUGCAGAUAAAGAUGAAGGCCCCAAUGCGGAGAUCUCUUACAGCAUUGAAGAUGGUGAUGAACAUGGCAAAUUCUUCAUUGAGCCGAAAACUGGAGUGGUUUCAUCAAAGAAAUUUUCAGCAGCGAGGGAAUAUGAUAUCCUUUCCAUUAAAGCUGUAGAUAAUGGUCGUCCACAAAAAUCGUCAACUACACGGCUUCACAUAGAAUGGAUUCCAAAGCCUGUCCCACCCACAGAGCCCAUUUAUUUUGAGGAAGCAUUUUUUUCUUUUACGGUGAUGGAAAGCGACCCAGUUGCUCACAUGAUUGGCGUAAUAUCUGUUGAACCUCUUGGAACACCACUUUGGUUUGACAUAACGGGAGACAAGCUUGCUAGUGAAGUAUUUUACAUCUUUCAGAUGGCUUGUGACCUGAACUGUACAGCAGAAGGUGGCAACUAUGACAGUCGAUUUGAUGUGGACAAGGGCACUGGAACUAUCAUUGUUGCUAGACCUCUUGAUGCAGAACAGAAAUCAAAUUACAACUUGACAGUGGAGGCAACAGAUGGAACCAGAUCUAUCAGCACUCAGGUGUACAUCAAAGUUAUAGAUACAAAUAAUCACAGGCCUCAGUUUUCUGCUUCAAAAUAUGAAAUUGUUAUACCUGAGGACACUGUACCAGAGACAGAAAUUUUGCAAGUCAGUGCCACGGACAGAGAUGAGAAGAAUAAACUCAUUUAUACUAUGCAGGGCAGCACAGAUCCCAUCAGUCUUAAAAAAUUUCGUCUGGACCCUGGAACUGGAUCUCUUUAUACUUCAGAAAAACUGGAUCAUGAGACCAUGAACCAGCAUAUUCUCACAGUAAUGGUUCGAGAUCAAGAUGUUCCUGUAAAGCGCAACUAUGCUAGGAUCAUCAUUAAUGUUAGUGACACGAACGACCAUGCUCCGUGGUUCACCAGCUCUCCUUAUGAAGGACGAGUAUAUGAGUCAGCAGCUAUUGGAUCAGCAGUGCUCCAGGUUACAGCAUUAGAUAAGGACAAAGGGAAAAAUGCUGAAAUUGUGUAUUCUAUUGAAUCAGGCAAUAUUGGAAAUUCCUUCUUUAUAGAUCCCAUCUUGGGUAUGAUUAAAAUUGCAAAAGAAUUAGAUCGUAGUAACCAGGAAGAAUACAACUUGAUAGUAAAAGCUACAGACAAAGGAGAUCCUCCAAUGAGUGAAGUGACCUCUGUGCACAUAUUUGUUACAGUUUCUGACAAUGCCUCGCCAAAAUUCACAGCCAAAGAAUAUUCUACAGAAAUCAGUGAAAGUGCCAGCAUUGGCAGUUUUGUUGGAAUGGUUACAGCAUACAGUCAGUCUUCGGUAGUUUAUGAAAUAAAGGAUGGUAAUAUAGGUGAUGCCUUUGCGAUCAACCCCAACUCAGGUGUCAUUGUUUCUCAGAAGAUUCUUGAUUUUGAAACUUUGCCCGUUUACACAUUGACUGUGCAGGGAACAAACAUGGCUGGCUUGUCCACUAAUGCAACAGUUUUGGUCCAUCUUCGCGAUGAGAAUGACAAUACACCAAUUUUUAUGCAGGCUGAAUAUACAGGACUCAUCAGUGAAUCAGCUUCAAUUAACAGUGUGGUUCUAACUGACAAGAAUGUCCCAUUAGUAAUUCGAGCUACAGAUGCUGAUAAAGAAUCAAAUGCUUUGCUUGUUUAUCAAAUUGUUGAACCAUCUGUCCGCAAGUAUUUUGCCAUUGAUUCUAGCACUGGUGCCGUUAGAACAGUAAUGAGUCUGGACUACGAGGAGACAAACAUUUUCCAUUUUUCAGUUCAAGUACAUGAUAUGGGGAUACCACGUUUAUAUGCAGAAUAUGCAGCUAAUGUUACUAUUUAUGUAAUUGACAUCAAUGAUUGUCCUCCCGUGUUUUCAAGAGAGUUGUACGAGACAUCCAUUUUGGUUCCAACCUAUAAAGGCGUGAAAGUCAUCAGCGUAAAUGCCACUGAUGCUGAUUCAGGCAUUUUUUCACAAUUAAUUUAUUCCAUUAUUGAAGGCAACAUUGGAGAAAAAUUUUCAAUAAACCCUAAGACUGGAGAUAUAACAGUACAAAAUACAACUCAGCUACGAAGCAGAUACGAAUUAACAGUGAGAGCAUCUGAUGGCAGAUUUGCAAGCACUGCGUCUGUAAAAAUUAAUGUGAAAGAAAGCAAGACAAGCCAGCUGAAAUUCGCACAGAGUUCUUACUCUGCAACAGUGCAGGAGAAUUCCACCGAGGCAAAAACAAUAGCUGUGGUUACUGCUAUAGGGAAUCAAAUAAAUGAGCCUUUGUUUUACCAUAUUCUAAAUCCAGACAGCAGAUUUAAAAUAAGCCCAACUUCAGGAGUCCUUUCAACAACAGGAAUUCCAUUUGAUCGUGAACAGCAAGAAUCUUUUGAUGUGGUCAUAGAAGUGACAGAGGAACAUAAACCAUCAGUUGUUGCACAUAUUGUAGUUAAAGUCACAGUGGAAGAUGUAAAUGAUAACGCUCCGUUUUUUGUUAAUCUUCCAUAUUAUGCUGUUGUUAAAGUAGACGCUGAAGUAGGCCAUGUUGUUCGACGUGUCACUGCUGUAGAUAAAGAUACAGGCAGAAAUGGAGAGGUGCAUUACUAUCUUAAAGAACAUCAUGAACAUUUCCAAAUUGAUCCAACUGGUGAAAUCUCACUGAAGAAGAAGUUUGAACCAGACACACUAAAUAAGGAGUACCUGAUCACAGUAGUGGCAAAAGAUGGAGGAGAACCUGCUUUUUCUGCUGAAGUUAUAGUCCCAAUUACAGUUAUGAAUAAAGCUAUGCCAGUUUUUGAAAAGCCUUUCUACAGUGCAGAGAUACCAGAAAACAUUCAGCUCCAUAGUCCUGUUGUACAUGUACAAGCAAUCAGCCCAGAAGGACUUAAAGUGUUUUACAGCAUCACAGAUGGAGAUCCUUUCAAUCAGUUCACUAUCAACUUCAACACUGGAGUUAUAAAUGUUGUUGCCCCUCUUGACUUCGAGUCUCAUCCAGCCUACAAGCUGAGUAUUCGGGCAACAGACUCCCUAACUGGGGCACAUGCUGAUGUGUUUGUAGACAUAAUAGUAGAAGACAUCAAUGAUAAUCCUCCCGUGUUUACAGAGCAGUGUUACACUGCAACCCUUUCUGAGGCAUCUGUCAUUGGAACAUCUGUUACACAAGUGAGCGCUACAGAUGCUGAUUCUGGAACAAACAGGGGGAUUUCCUAUCAUUUGGUUGAGGAUAACAGUGAAAGUCAUGACUACUUCCACAUAGACAGCAGCACUGGACUCAUUCUCACAGCAAGAACUUUGGACUACGAAAAAAUUCAGCAACACAAGUUACUAAUAAGGGCAAUAGAUGGUGGCAUGCUGCCCUUGAGCAGUGACACUAUUGUAACUGUUGAUGUAACUGAUCUCAAUGACAACCCCCCUCUUUUUAACCAAUUGCUUUAUGAAGCUAAAAUUAGUGAACUGGCUCCCCAUGGACAUUUUGUGACGUGUGUGCAAGCGUCAGAUGCAGAUAGUUCGGAUGUUGACAAGCUGGAGUACUCUAUUCUGACAGGCAAUGACCAAAAGAAUUUUGUAAUUAAUAGUAAAACUGGCAUUAUUACUGUCUCAAACCUACGCAGACAGACGCUAAAGUCACAUUACAAUCUUAAUGUGUCUGUUUCUGAUGGGGUUUUCAGAAGUUCAGCCCAAGUUCGUAUAACUGUAACCAGUGCCAAUAUGCACAGCCCUGUUUUCAGCCAGAAUGAAUAUGAGGUUGAACUAGCUGAAAAUGCUCCAUUGCAUACUUUGGUGACUGAAGUUAAAGCAACGGAUGAAGAUUCUGGUACUUACGGCCAUAUCACUUACCACAUUGUAAAUGACUUUGCCAAAGAUAGGUUUUAUACAAAUGAGAGAGGGCAAAUAUUUACCUCUGAAAAGCUUGACCGUGAAACACAAGCAGAAAAAGUAAUUGCCAUUAGUUUAAUGGCCAAAGAUUCAGGAGGAAAAGUUGCUUUCUGUACGGUCAAUGUAAUACUUACAGAUGACAAUGAUAAUGCUCCUCAAUUCCGAGCAACAGAGUAUGAAGUAAAUAUUGGAUCUGAUGUUCCACGGGGUACUUCUGUCAUUAAAAUUUGGGCUUCUGAUGCUGAUGAGGGUACAAAUGCAGACAUCACAUAUGCUAUUGAAGCAGAGUCUGAAAAUGUUAAAGAGAAUUUAGAAAUUGAUUCAUUGUCUGGUAUCAUUACUACAAAAGAAAGCUUAAUUGGUUUAGAAAAUGAGUUUCUAACCUUCUUUGUUAGAGCAGUCGAUGGUGGAUCCCCCCAGAAAGAGUCAGUUGUUCCUGUCUAUGCUAGAAUACUACCACCAGAAGUGCCUCUUCCAAAAUUUUCAGAACCGUUUUAUUCUUACACGAUUUCUGAGGACAUUCCAAUUGGAACUGUGAUAGAUGUUAUCAAAGCAGAGCAUAAUCAGACUUUGGUAUAUAGUCUGAUUAAAGGGAACACUCCUGAAAGCAAUAGAGAUGAUUUUUUUGUGAUUGACCGACAGACUGGAAGGUUGAAACUUGAGAAGAAUCUUGAUCAUGAAACAACUAAAUGGUACCAAUUCUCAGUGCUAGCACAGUAUACAAAUGAAGAUUAUAAUGUUGUUUCCACAGUAGAGGUAAGCAUUCAGGUAAAAGAUGCAAAUGAUAACAAACCAGUUUUGGAGUCCAAUCCAUAUGAAGCAUUCAUUGUAGAAAAUAUGCCAGCUGGAACAAGAGUCAUCCAAGUUAAAGGCACUGACUCAGAUUCAGGACUCAACGGGCAGGUCACUUACAGCUUAGAUCCUUCUCAAGAACUGGACAUUAUAGAGUCUUUUACCAUAAACAUGGAAACUGGCUGGAUUACGACUCUCAAAGAACUUGACCAUGAGAAGCGAGACAAAUACAAAAUAACAGUGGUUGCAUCUGAUCGGGGUGAAAAAAUUCAGCUGUCUUCUUUGGCUGUGGUUGAAGUUACUGUUACAGACGUGAAUGACAAUCCUCCGCGCUUUACUGCAGAGAUAUAUAAAGGAACAGUCAGUGAGGAUGACCCUCCUGGUGGAGUAAUUGCCAUCUUAAGUACAACCGAUGCUGAUACGGAAGAAGCCAAUAGACAAGUGUCUUACUACAUUACAGGAGGUGAUCCCUUGGGACAGUUUGCUGUUGAAAAUAUACAGAAUGAAUGGAAAGUCUAUGUGAAAAAGCCCCUGGACAGGGAAGAAAAGGACAAUUAUCUUCUAAAUAUUACAGCGACUGAUGGGACAUUUGCAACUAGAGCUGUGGUGGAGGUUAAAGUCCUUGAUGCCAAUGAUAAUAGUCCUGUUUGUGAAAAGGCUUUAUACACCGACACUGUUCCGGAGGAUGCCCUUCCUGGCAAACUGAUAAUGCAGGUAUCUGCUACAGAUGCAGAUAUUCGUUCCAAUGCAGAAAUUACUUACACAUUGCAUGGCACAGGAGCAGAGAAGUUCGGACUCACUCCAGACACAGGUGAAUUGAAAACAUUAAUGCCACUUGACCGUGAGCAGCAAGCGGUUUAUUACCUUCUAGUGAAAGCCACAGAUGGAGGAGGAAGAUUCUGCCAGGCUAAUAUUAUUCUGACUCUGGAAGAUGUGAAUGAUAAUGCCCCAGAGUUUACAGCUGGUCCGUACUCCAUUACAGUAUUUGAAAACACAGAGCCUAAAACCCUUUUGACAAGAGUGCAGGCAACAGAUGCAGAUGCAGGGAUGAACCGCAAAAUCCAUUAUUCACUGGUGAACUCUGCAGAGGGCCAGUUCUCUAUCGAUGAAUUCUCUGGAAUCAUCCGGUUGGAGAAGCCUUUGGAUAGGGAAUUACAAGCUGUGUACACUCUGAUUUUGAAGGCUACAGAUGAAGGUUUACCUAGAAGACUUUCUUCCACAAGUAGUCUUAUAGUUUCCGUUUUGGAUAUAAAUGAUAAUCCACCUGUAUUUGAGCAUAGGGAAUAUAGUGCAAGUGUAUCAGAAGACACUUUGGUUGGAACUGAAGUUAUACAGAUCUACGCUGCAAGCAGGGACAUUGAAGCCAAUGCUGAAAUCACAUACUCAAUAGCCAGUGGGAAUGAACAUGGAAAAUUCAGUAUUGAUUCAACAACAGGAGCCAUUUUUAUCAUUGAAAGCUUGGAUUAUGAAAGUUCUCAUGAGUAUUACUUGACAGUGGAAGCCACAGAUGGAGGCACACCUUCAUUAAGUGAUGUUGUAACAGUGAAUAUUAAUGUAACAGAUAUCAAUGACAAUACUCCAGUGUUCAGCCAAGACACCUACACUGCAGUAAUCAGUGAAGAUGCUGUGCUUGAACAGUCAGUCAUUACAGUUAUGGCAGAUGAUGCUGAUGGACCUUCCAACAACUAUAUUCACUAUGCAAUUAUAGAUGGCAAUCAGGGAAAUCCUUUUACAAUUGACCCUACCAGGGGUGAAAUAAAAGUGACUAAACUUCUAGACCGAGAAAAGAUUUCAGGAUAUACUUUGACAGUUCAAGCUUCAGAUAAUGGAAACCCACCUAGACAUAACACAACCACAGUUAACAUUGAUGUUUCUGAUGUAAAUGACAAUCCUCCAGUAUUCUCAAAAGGAAACUAUAGCGUUAUCAUCCAGGAAAAUAAGCCUAUUGGAUUUAGUGUGCUGCAGCUGGUGGUGACAGACAAAGAUUCUUCUCACAAUGGUCCUCCUUUCCUCUUCACCAUCCUGAGUGGAAAUGAAGAAAACACUUUCCAGAUUAACCAGCAAGGAGUACUGACAACAACUGCUGCGCUGAACCGAAAAGUGAGGGAUCACUAUUUACUUCACGUUAAGGUCACAGAUAAUGGAAAGCCACCGUUGUCAUCUCUGACUUACAUUGAUAUUAGAGUUAUUGAGGAAAGCAUUUAUUCUCCAGCAAUUCUGCCUCUGGAAAUCUUUAUUACAGCCUUUGGGGAAGAAUACUCAGGUGGUGUCAUUGGAAAAAUUCAUGCAACUGAUCAAGAUGUUUACGAUACUUUGACAUAUAGCCUGGACCCCAAAAUGGAAUCCUUGUUCUCCGUUUCCAGUACUGGAGGCAAACUAAUAGCACAUAAGAAGUUAGAUGUAGGACAAUACCUCCUAAAUGUCACAGUUACAGAUGGAAAAUUUACAACUGCAGCUGAUAUUACUGUGCACAUCAGACAAAUCACACAAGAUUUACUAAAUCACAGCAUUGCAAUACGCUUUGCAAACCUUGCUCCUGAAGAAUUCAUUGGGGAUUACUGGCGCAAUUUCCAGAGAGCUUUAAGAAACAUCUUGGGUGUGAGGAGAAACGACAUCCAGAUUGUUAGUUUGCAGCCUUCUGAUCCUCCUUCAAACCUUGAUGUCCUCCUGAAUAUCGAAAAAUCUGGCAGCUCUCAGCACCCAAUGAGAAUUUUGGUCCACAAGAUAAACUCUUCUGUGCCUGACCUAGAGGAGAUUUUAGGUGUCCGGAUAAUUGAUGUUUUCCAUAAGCUAUGUGCGGGCCUAGACUGUCCUUUGAAAUUCUGUGAAGAAAAAGUAACAGUGGAUGAGAACAUCAUGUCAACCCACAGUACGGCCAGGCUGAGUUUUGUCACUCCUCGUCAUCACAGAACAGCAGUUUGUCUUUGUAAAGAAGGGAAAUGCCCUGUAGUAAAUAGUGUGUGUGAAGGAAACCCAUGCCCUGAAGGUACAGAAUGUUUAGGAGAUCCAAAGGAAGGAAAAUACACCUGUGUUUGCCAUGACAGCAAAGCUGGACAGUGUCCUGAAUCAGUUGGCUCUGCUGUGACAUUUAGUGGGAGCAGCUAUGUGAAAUACCGUCUCAUGGAAAACGAGAACAAAGAGGAAAUGAAGCUGACAAUGAGACUUAGAACCUACUCUGCUCAUGCAGUUGUUAUGUAUGCUCGAGGAACAGACUACAGUAUCUUAGAGAUUCACCAUGGACGGCUGCAAUAUAAAUUUGAUUGUGGUAGUGGACCUGGGAUUGUCUCUGUUCAGAGCAUUCAGAUUAACGAUGGUCAGUGGCAUUCAGUAUCUCUUGAAGUGGAUGGAAAUUACGCACGACUUGUUCUGGACAGGGUGCAUACUGCAUCUGGUACUGCUCCUGGUACACUUAGGACACUAAACCUAGAUAAUCAUGUGUAUUUUGGUGGUCAUAUUCGGCAGCAAGGUACAAGACACGGUAGGAGUCCUCAGGUUAGCAAUGGUUUCAGAGGCUGCAUGGACUCUAUUGUACUUAAUGGACAAGAGCUUCCCCUAAACAGCAAGCCACGAAAUUAUGCACACCUGGAAGAAUCUGUUGAUGUGACUCCUGGGUGCUUACUCACCACCACAGAAGGUUGUUCAAGCAACCCCUGUCAGAAUGGAGGCAUCUGCAAUGCACUGUCAAAUGGAGGUUACUACUGCAAGUGUGCUCCUCUGUUCAUGGGAACUCACUGCGAUGUAAGCGUCAACCCAUGUGCUUCCAAUCCCUGCCUUUAUGGUGGUACUUGCAUCCCAGUCAGUGAUGAUUUCAUCUGCCAAUGCCGAGGACAAUACACAGGCCAAAGGUGCCAGCUGGGUCCAUAUUGUAAAGACAAUCCGUGUAAAAAUAGCGGCAAGUGUAUUGACAGUUUGGAUGGACCUGUUUGUGAGUGUGAAGUGGGCUUCCGUGGAGAAAGGUGCCUGACUGAUGUUGAUGAGUGCACAGAAAACCCCUGUCUUAAUGGUGCCCAUUGUGAGAAUACUUACGGUUCAUAUCACUGCAAUUGUAGCCGUGGCUUUGGAGGGAAACACUGCACAGACAUUGUUCUUAACAACUAUGUUUCAACGCCUUGGAACAUUGGCUUAGCUGAAGUAAUCGGAAUUAUUGUUUUCAUUGCGGGAAUAUUCUUGUUAGUUGGGAUUUUUGUUGUUUGCCGCAAAGUGAUCAGUAGAAAGAAGAAACACCAGCCAGAACCUGAAGACAAGCAACUGGGAGCUACAACAGCUUUCUUGCAAAGACCGUAUUUUGAUGCAAAAUUGAACAAGAACAUCUAUUCUGACAUCCCACCACAGGUUCCUGUUCGUCCCAUUUCAUACACUCCAAGCAUUCCAAGUGACUCCAGGAAUAAUCUUGACAGGAAUUCUUUUGAGGGGUCUGCUAUCCCCGAGCACCCAGAGUUUAGUACUUUUAACCCAGAUUCUGUACAUGGUCACCGGAAGGCUGUAGCUGUUUGCAGUGUAGCACCAAACCUGCCACCUCCACCUCCCUCCAACUCUCCUUCAGACAGCGAUUCAAUACAGAAGCCCAGCUGGGAUUUUGACUAUGACGCUAAAGUAGUAGAUCUUGACCCCUGCCUUUCAAAAAAGCCUCUGGAUGAAAAGAGCUCCCAUCCAUAUAGUGCUAGAGAAAGCAUGUCUGAGGUCCAGUCUCUCAGCUCCUUCCAAUCUGAAUCAUGUGAUGACAAUGCUUCCGUAGUGACUGUAAUACACCUUGUCAAUGCUGUUGUUGACUCGGUGGAAAAAGAAGAAUCUUUUGCUGUUCCUGACCUCAGCAAUUCAAGAGGUUAUCACUGGGAUACAUCAGACUGGAUGCCAAGUGUUCAGCUGCCAGGUAUCCAAGAGUAUCCGAAUUACGAAGUGGUUGAGGAGUCAGCUCCCCUCUAUACGGAUCCAAAUGCCAUCGAUACAGACUAUUACCCUGGCGGUUAUGACAUAGAAAGUGAUUUUCCACCUCCACCUGAUGACUUCCCUGCACCUGAUGAGCUUCCACCAUUACCACCAGAAUACAGCGACCAGUUUGAGUCAAUACAGCCACCCAGAGACAUGCCAGCCGUAGGUAGCUUGGGUUCCUCUACAAGAAGCAGGCAGAGAUUUAACCUUAACCAGUAUCUUCCCCAUCACUACCCUGCAGACAUGUCAGAACCUCAGACCACAACCAGUGGUGUCAAUGGCAGUUACAGAGAACCUUACGCUCCUUACACGCUAGGGUACAAUAGAGACUUUGAAGCACCCACUGUAGACAACAUGUCCAUGUCUGUGUAUGCUUCCACAGCUUCAUGCUCUGAUGUGUCAGCAUGCUGUGAAAUGGAGUCUGAAGUCAUGAUGAGUGACUAUGAGAGUGGAGAUGACAGUCAUUUCGAAGAUGUGAAAAUUCCUCCACUUGAUUCCCAGCAACAUACAGAAGUCUGACACUCACACUCAACAAAAGUGCCUGGACUAUUAAACUAUCAAUUCUAGAUCAACUUCCACGAUCUUUUAUUUUCCCUCCCCCCUCCUUUUUCCCAGCCACAGUGAAUGCUUCUGUUUCAGUGAGCUAAACUGGCAUGGUGACAUUGGAUCAUGCAGUUCAUUUCACUAAAUCAGCCUGUUUCCAUUUCCUGACCUACUAUAAUUGGACUGUUCCAAGAUUUCCACUGACUCUGCCAUUUCUGAAUGUGCUUUUUGUACUUGCAUUGUCUAUGUUAAAAAAAAUCACAUACCACUUCUCCAUGUUAGCAUGAUGCAUAUUUAUAUAGUUCUAAUAAAAAUUAAUUUUCUCCUACUUUUUGUAAAUGUUAUGUACAGUUUUGAUUUUAAUAGUUUUAACUAGAUUUUGUAGAUAUUUUGUGAAUUUGUUUUCCACUGAAAGUAGUGGUGUUUGUGUGCCAUUAAAAACUAGCACCCUGACUUAUUAUAAUCAGGGCAUCACUGUAUGUAUUCCCCCAAAAAAACUAAGGUUUGACAUUUCAUUAUAAAAUCUCAGCAUAUUCACAAAAUUCCAAUUGUACAUAGGUUAGGUCUGAUAUUUUUCUGGGUCAGCUACAUGGAAAUGUCUUAAAUGGGUUGCUGUAUUUUAGAACUGUAAACAUUUUUUCCCUUCUUGGAAAGCGUGUUGAGGACCCUCUACAUACCAGUUUAGAACCAAAACCACCAUGACACAGUUUUUAUAGUGUCUGUAUAUUUGUGAUCCAAUGGUCUUGUAAAGGUUUUUACUGGAAAUUACCAUUAGCUGGUCUUUCUUACUGACAAUAAAUUAUUAAUAAAAUA